GCUUAACCCAACUCCACUCAGCUGGCCAUUCCUGGGCCCGGGGACCCGUCUAUGUACUGCACACCCAUAGCGAGGUGGCGAGAACGAACUCCUUUUCCGCGCUGACCAAUUGGUACAAAUAUGUACCGAUCGGCCGCAAAAAAAAACAUCUCAUCGCACGUCCACCCACACACUCUUUUGCCACCAUUCAAUCAUGGUUUCCACUCGCUGGUUCUCACUCGUUGUUGCUGUGCUCAUCGCCUCACCGCUGUUGUUGUCUGCUCAGGGUGUCGACGCCGCCGCCGCUGGGACGAUAAAGAAGUUUCCUUGUACUGAGGAGGGAUGUCCAUCUGAGCUCGAUAAACGGCACUAUCAGCCGGCCAGGAACGGAUAUUUUGAGCACGCGUAUGCUCAUCGAUACAAGGAGAAUAAGGUGCAAAAGACGCCUGUGUACUACAAGCCUGCACCGCCGAAGGUGCCGAUGAAUAAUCCGGACUACUAUGAGCCCAAGACGACGCGCAAGCCGGCGUACUACAAGCCGAAGACCACGCCCAAGCCGGUCUACUACAAGCCGAAGACCACGCUCAAGCCUGUCUACUACAAGCCGAAGACGACGCCCAAGCCAGUGUACUACAAGCCCACGCCUACUCCCAAGCCGUCGCCAACGGCCUUAUACACGCCCUCAUACAAGCCGAAGCCCACGCAGGUCUACGCGCCAAAGCCUCCCGUGCAAACGCCCAAGUAUCCCGCACACACGCCUCAGCCUUCAGUGUACAAGCCCUCGACAUCCGCAUACAAGCCCACUUUUUCCGUAGUAACCAUAUCCAACGUCCCCACCUCAUCGGCCCCAGCGGACAUUCCCGUAACACCCACGCUUCCGUCCGUCGCCGCGCCAUCUACCGCCGAGCCCUCUACCGCUGAGGACCCGACGACCACUACUGAGCAGCCAGCAACAAGCACUGAGGAGCCGGCCACCACCACCACCACCGAAGAUCCUGCACCCACCACCACGGAAACGCCAUCAGUCGCCGUCCCCACCCUAGAAGCACCCACAUGCAGGGCCAACGGCGAACAGUGCGACUUGAGUGACCCCGGGGCGUGUUGCGGGCAGGCGUGUAUGUCGGCGGCGCCGUGGCCUACGUGUAUUACGUUCUAGACGUCUAGGAGGAUCUGGUUCGGAGGAUGAGUGGGAUGGGUGAUGAAUGGGUUAGAGAUGAGAUGGGUGUGGGAUGGGUGUGUACUAUGAUAAUAAGUAGGUAGAUUCAAUAUGAUGUAAUUAAAAACCAUAAUUGAGAGCGGUGAAUACGGG